AUGCCGUUUGAAAGCAACCAAGAUAAAGGCGCUACUGGAGCUGCCAAAUUCGUUACUUCCACACUGGGCAACACUGUCGGCGGUGUUACUCGCACGGUCGGUGGAGUGACGGGAACUGCUGGGCGAGGUAUUGGUGAUACCAUCACUGGCGCUACGGGAAGUGCGGGCGAGUCGAUUGGGAAUGCGCUUGGGAGUGCGAGUACGGGACUGGAGGAUGGUACAAAGAGGGUAGCGAAGGGAGUGGAGGAUGCUGGUCAAUGGAGAUGA